GGCAGCUCGAGCGAACCGUUCGUUUCAAAAGUGACGCGCUCGUUGGUUGCUACACACCGUUGUUUGUUAUGGCGAGACUUUUUUCUGUUUUUCGGAAGUAAUUUUUUGCUUUCACGGAAAUAUCCGUACAAGAAGAAGGAACCAAAAAAGUAGGCAAAACAGAAUUAUCGAUUAUCUUGGGUUUCGAUUAGGCGUUUGAGAUUAUCGGUCAGCGAAAGUGUCCAUGAACAAAACAGUGUUGCACCUAGCGAAGAGAAUUUUAUAUAAGGUGAAUGAUUUGUUGGUGAAGUGGCCUUAUCAGAGCUACAUUUUCGCUGUUUGUGAGUUAGGAUUUGUGGAAAUAGCGAUUCGUGACGAGAAGAAGAGGAAACGGUAGCGAUUGCAUCAUUUUUGCGAGCUUUGCUUAUCGCAUACAUUUUUUGAUAUACUCACUUGGCGUAAUCUGAACGGGACAAGUGUAUCGCACCGGCGAAUGACGGAAUAAAAACAUAUACACACGCACACGGUAGUGAGGUUGUAAUAUGAAUUUUUAAUUAUACCAGUGAAGUAAUCGCAGCAUCAAAGUAGCAAUUUUGCUCGUUCUGAGUGAAUCUGGUGGAAUAAUUUGGUUCGAAUCUAUUCUAUGGUGGAGUAUGCUAAUCUCAAUGGAGCUCGUAUUUUUUGUGGUGAAAAACUACUGGUUAGAAGCGAUCUGUUUGAAGUGAUUUUCGAAAGUAAACUAUUUUCGGCGAAAUUAGUGGUUGAGUGUAAGUGAAUUAUUGUCACCACAGUUAGUUAAAUCUUUGUCAAAAAUGUCCGUACAAGCGAAACGACAGCACUGCUAUCUGUGCGAUCUGCCCAGGAUGCCAUGGGCAAUGAUCCACGAUUUUUCCGAGGCCGUUUGCCGAGGUUGUGUAAAUUACGAGGGAGCAGAUCGGAUUGAGUUGGUUCUGGAUGGAGCCAGACAGAUGAAACGGAUCCAUGCCGGUGCCGGCGGCGGUGGCGGUGGUGGAUCCGGCGGCAGCGGCAGUGGAGGUGGUAAACGUGGCCACGAAAACGGCGAGAUGCCGCAUCGGUCGGUUCCGCAGGCACAUCAUCACUACUCGGUGCGAACCGGUCCCAAUGGGCCGACUUUGGUUGAUUUUACACAAAAGCACGAGCCACACGACAUACCCGGAGUACGCCCGGGGGCACGUCUACAACAGCAUAUACCACCACAUCACUUACCGCAUGCCAACAGGCAGCAGGUGCCGCCGGCACUUUCCGUCAACCUGAAGCGGCCACCGCCGGAGGAUGACGACCACGGACCGAUGGACGGACCGACCGGCAGUGCCAAGCGUGGUCCAGAGGAUCCCGGUUCCAUUCAGCGGCCACCGUUGACGCGCGGUGAAUCACUGCCGGCGGUACCGUUCGUACCGGAUCGUCAGCCCAGCUACAAAGAUAAGCACCCGGUGCGAACAGCUUCUUUCGAUGCGACCACAUUCAAGCCAGCUGACCAAAAACAUCAAAACAUGGGGAUUUACGUGAACGCCCCUGUUGUGCAACGUUACAAAUUGUACCCAACCGUGAUACCGAUUCCACCGGUUUCCAUGGGCGAUUCUACACCACCGACCCCAUCGGUAGCCCCGCUGCAAAGCCCGAUGGCGAACCUUAUGUCGAUCACGGAAACUCUUCCACCGGGCAGCCCCCGGAACGGCCCGAGCCCGCCGGGACCACCACCGCCUCGUACGGCUUCUAGAGGUUCCCAGCAUUCACCCAACAGCUCCGGAUCAUCCAGUGGUCGACGGUCGUCCGGCUCCCGGCAUGUGUCCAGCACGACGGUAACAUCAAGCGAAGCACAACAAUCGAAUCCAGCAGGAGUUCCCGGCGGAGCGUCCACCCCGAACGGAAAUGGAUCCAAUGGCAACGGCAGCACAACACCGAUUACGCUCGGACCGCUCGGCGGGCCCACAAUCGGGCCACAGCAACCUCCCCAGUCACAAUCGGGUCCGCAACCACCACCGGAAAAUGUCGGAGGAAUGGCACCGGGGGCACCGGGUGGUCCUCCGGGUACACCGGGUACUGCGGGACCUCCGGGUCCGGGUGCACAGCAGGGUAUCAACGGUCCUGCACCCAACAGUGGUACCGGAGGACCUGCCCCGGCACCGGCACCGAACCCGACGCUCAAGUGUACCAUUUGCCAGGAACGACUGGAAGAUACCCACUUUGUGCAGUGUCCUUCGGUGGGACAUCAUAAAUUCUGCUUCCCCUGCAGCCGCGAGAGCAUCAAACGUCAGGGCUCCGGCGCCGAGGUGUACUGCCCAAGUGGCGAAAAGUGUCCACUGGCCAAUUCGACGAUACCGUGGGCCUUUAUGCAGGGUGAGAUCGCCACCAUCCUGGGCGAGGAGUUGAAGGUGAAAAAGGAGCGCGAAACGUAGAGCCAUGGUAGCGAUGGUGACGAGCUGACGUCGUCCUCCUACCGAUAUUUGUACUAUUACAAUAACAAUAGCAGCAGCAGCAGCACCAACAACAACAGCACUAGCAAUGGUAAUAACGACAGUAGUCGCAACGGUGGUAACGUCCACUACCUAACGGAUGUAACGGCCGUCCCGCACGAUCACGUUGGGCAGCAUCACCACUAUCAGCCGAUUCAGCAGCAUCAGCAACAACCAUUGGGCUCAACCACAUCCUGGGUAGUAGCAUCACAUCAUGGUUCAGCGGCUACUGUUCAGCAACCGGCGCCUGCUGUUGGUUGGGAAUUCAGCAAUGUUGGAACACGCAGUGGGCUCGAUUGAAUGGCACACUGUACACCGGUCAGACGGUAUUUGAAAGUCCGCCUAGUUGUACUUGCUAUGCUAUGACACUAGAAACAGCGAGAGAAUCUCGUCAGAGGUACGUUCUUAGGGAUGAUUUUGACAAACUAUUGGUAAAUGAUAAGAAGACGAACGAGAAGAAACAUUUCAUAUGAAACCUUUUUUGGGAUACCAUAGCAGGAACAAUUGUUGUACAUAAUCAAAACAUAAGAUAUAAGCGAAACGCGGCGAACUGGACUCCUGCAACGGACAAACGUUCGGCGGUGGAGUUUCUCCGCACUUUGUAAUGCGUACGAAGAGGUUACGCACUGAAAACGGUUACUUUUUGGCACAUCUCGAGCAACCCAUCGGAUACAGAUGGGGCGGGAUCUAAAACAACACUAAUCUUUUGUAUGUUUUCUUAUUUCUUACACACACAAGAAAAAAAAAACGUGCAUAUAAAAUUAUGCACAAAUAAUUAGUCGUAGCAGAAUAACACAGAAUUCUUAGUGAUAAUCAAUAAGUUGGGUAAGAAAACCAAUUGGAGGAAACAAAUGUGAAUAAUCGAUAACAGUACACAUACAUACUAAUGAGUAGAAGUUGAAAAUUCCCUUACAAUGAACACGUUUGUUUUUAUACAGAUUUUUAAUUAGUUAAGAAUUUUAUAUUUUAAUGUGAGGAAAGGCAAGCAUAAUCGAUGAUACAAAACAAACCAUAAAAAAGCCGGAAUAUGCGCUGCAGUUACUAUGCGAGAGCCAGUUUAGAUGUUUUGUAUAAGGUUGAAUCCGGACCGAGCCGGAACCACUUUUGUAGAAAAAAAGCGAUGUGUGAAACAAAUCAAAUAACUCUAUUUUAAGAGUUGACUUAUUUAAUUUUUUUUAUCGCUAUUAUCUUUAUCCAUACUUUAAACAGCAUGAAUAUUUAUGAUUAGUUGCUAGUUUUUAACUAUGAUACCUGUAAAUAGCCGAGAGGUUCUAGAGUAGAGCAGAAAAUUGAAAAAAAUUUUGUUUUUAAUUUAACAAUUUUAAAUGAAUGAAAAGAACCAUGUUAUUGUGAGAAAAAAAAACAGUUCAUAAAUACAGAGCAACAUUAUUGGUCGUAAAAUCUUCAGUUUAUUUUCUUCCUUUCCUCCCAGUUUAGUUUUGUUUCGUUCGUAAAAGUUUUCAGUUGCUGCUACUCGUCUCAGUUUGUGUUUUUCCAGUGGAAUGCAGAUAAGUUUUGAUGUAAAUCCAACUACUGGGAACGGUUGCUCGUGAUGUAAUUCUGCAUCCGGGAACGUAAUUAUUGGUUCUUCGUUGCGGUGUGAAAACAUUAAGGUGCCGAACGUUUCAGGAUCAAAUACAAUCAAAGUUGUUUUACGAGAAUUUCACUAUGAAGGAGUCAAUAUCUAUUCAUCGCAUACAUUAAAACUAUUAUUCAGAGUGAGAUCUGCUAAUCUAGUCAAUGCAUAGGUUCAAAAAAUGAAAAUUUGAACAUUCGCUUUGAAUCUUUGAAUUGUUGCGACACUAAAACAGAAGUACUACACAUUUUCACAUUAAGUUGGCUGUGAUAUUGCUUAUCAGGACCGAACUACUACUAUUGGUACAAUUACUCGAAGUCUUUUACAACGGCUUCGAAUAGAUUUUCAAAACGCAUCAGUGAUCCUGCAGACUUACUUCAAUUGACACUAUUGACCAGUGUUCUUAAAUGCUUUUGAAAACUUCCUAUAAUUCAUCGUUUGCACUUCUUAUUCUUAUAAAUCAUUGGAUCCAAUUUGAUCACCUAGAAAAUCACUCUUUGGACAUUUAACGGAUACAAUUUUGCAUUUGUUUUGUUUUGCUUUUCUCAAUAGAAAAGUAAUAGAAUUGCUGGAAAACCCGACUUUCGAAUGGAGUCUUGGAGACCCAUAGUGUUGCAAUAUAUCAUUCGACUCAGCUUGACGAGAUCGAAAAAGCCUAUGUGUAGGGGACGGGUAUAGGGUGAUGGGUAAGUCGAUGCCCUUUCACGCAGCCCACCUGGGUUCGAUUCUCAACCCCGCACAUAGGGUCAGAAAAUUUUUCUGGUCCGAAGAGGCGAAUGACCUUAAGGUUAAAACCUCUAUAAUCGAAAAAAAGCCUAUGUGUAUCUGCGUGCACUUUUCAACGACUUUAUUACCGCCUACAUAUUCUAAAAGAUGGCUGAACCGAUUUAAACAAAUCUAAACUUGUUUGAAAGCUACUAUAGAAUUGGGGAUUAAGUUCGAAGAUCAAAUGACAUGCAUUCCCGGUUCCGGAGAGAUAAUGGCAGAACUGUCGCAACCGGUAUAACCCGUUGUUUUUACCGCUCAAAGAUAUCUGAGCCGAUUUCUAGAAUCUAGGAUCGCUUGAAAGCUACUAUUGAAUUGUGGAUAAAGUUCAAAAAUCAAAUGGUUGUCACUUCCGGUAGAUAUAAUAGUAUAAAUGACAUAACCGGCUCACCGUACGUUUUCCAUCUGCUAAAUUGUCUCGAAGAUGAAUCAACGAAUUUUGAUAAACUUAGGCUUAUUUGAAAGCUAGCAAUGUCAAAAAAAUUUGGAAAAGAUAUGUCGAAAAUUUCCGGUUCAAGAGAUGUAAACUUAUACGUAACCGACAAAUCCAAGUAUUUUUAUUGCACCAAAACUUCUCGGAGAUGAAAGAAUUGAUUUCGAAAGACUUAGACUUGAAUGCUACUAUUAGGAUAUUUGAUAAGCUCACAAUACUAAUGGCCGAGGAUAUAAUCUUACAAAUGUUUUAAUGAGACUCUUUAAAUGGCAAGAGAAAGGCAUUAUUACACCAUUUGAUUGAUUAGGAUGGGUUUUUCACGCUUGACCCUAACCCAAUUAAAUAAAAGCUCUACAAAAAAUGAAAAAAUGAAUUCUCCAAGCUCAAAUAAUUAUUUUAGCGUGUUGCUUAAAAGUACCCAUGGAACCUUUGGCAACUUAGUAAAUGUAUGGUACAAGUUUCCAAAGUUCUGAACAAAUUGCGCGUAAGUUUCCAAGUAAAAUUGUUUUCACGUUUCGUCUUCGACUUAUCAGUGCGUUGACAGUUUAUAUUGUACGGAAGUGCAAUGUCUAAAAUGACGUCUUGGACAAAUCCACAAGUUAUUCGUUACUGUUAUUCUGAUAAAGUCAUCAUAUAACUGGUAUGUCGUUUACGGUUUUUUGAUAUCCAACUAAAUGUUUUGUUAUUUUACUUAACUCAAAUCAGUUUACUUCUACGAAGUUGUUUACUAUAUCGAAUAUGUGUCUUCCAUUUACUCGGUCCAUCGCCGUUCGCCGCCAACCAGUCAAAGAAUAAAUAAGUCGAAAAUCUCCCUGCCAUUGAUCGAUCCAGGUUGCUCAUAGUGUUCCUCUAUUACUGGAUAGCAGUGUUGGUGAUUGCCGAUAAUUUGACAGAAGCUGCUCGAUAUUUAUUUAUAUUGUAUACAGCAUUUUCAAUCCGGUAGAAGAUGCUACAAGAACUCGUGUCUCUCAAUGCAUGAACCGUGAGAAGGUUUUUCUACAUUUCUUCGCUCCACUCUAUAGUCUGAGUAUUUCACGGCCCUUAAAAAAAAUUACAGUCACAUAAUGAUCGUUGCUGUGUGGAAUUUCCCAAGAGAGAAUCGCAAGUUGACAAUUAUCGCAGAAAAUUGAAUCGAUUUGAUGAUUCUCAUACUAGGUUGAAAUAUUUCAAAACCCUUGUGUGGAGUAUUCACAUACAUUUAUGCAAAGAUUAUAUGUACAUAGUUAGAAUAAGCGGCAAUAGUAAAAUGAUUCUAUCGCAAUUAUCCACUACCCGUAUAGAAUCGGAUCGCAAAACGAGAAUGAGCGACCGUUUGUUGCUUAAGAGAGAAUCCCCACUCUGUGCUAACCCGUGAUGCUCAGACGGGUCAUCGAGAGAAAUUCGCUCCCGCAUUGGUGUCCAUUCUAUGUUUAAUGAACCAUGCCGGUUUUUUGUUGCUGAGAUGAUAUCAGUCUUUUUUGAUAGCACUGAUUGAAUCGGGUAAUUUGUGUGAAGAGUUGCUAGAGAGCGUUCUUUGAUACGAUAAAAGCCAUCCUUGCUGGUGUGUUGUAAUUCUCUUCCUUGGAUAAGGCGGGUCAUUAUUUUUUUAAGGUUCACUAUUAACGCCCUCGUCCAUUGGUUUAGUAUCGCUGUUGUCAUUGGAAAUAACGUCCUGUGGAUUUCUUGUCCGAUUGGUGUUAUUUUUCCAAGUGUUGGGCUCGUUUUUAGUUUCCAAGCGUAUCUUGUUGUACAUUGGUUACAGAUGAUGGUUUCGUUGAUGAGAAUAGUUUUAGUGUUACCAAGUUAUUUUUUUCCGUUUUCACACAAGACUUACCAUAGUGAACCGUUUGUAUUGACACGUGUUUUGCUUGUUUUCGUAGGUGAAUUGCGAUCUACGCCUUCUAGUUGGUCGAUCAACAGUGCUAGCUGGGCGCCUUCUAGCUGAUGCAAAAUCGCCCUCAGUCAAAGUCAAAGUAAACGAGAAUUCUUGCCUAGAUCCGUCGCUAAAUUUCUCAGUUGGUAUCAUUGUCAGACUUGUUAGUAAGUCUAGAUACACGAAUUCCUUGACCAUCGCGAUUUGAUCACCGUCGCUCCGAACUCGAAAUGGGAGUUCAACAUUCUCGUCUAUUUAACCUCUCCCUCUUAUACAUUUUGUCUUCAGGAUUAAAAUUAUGUCAAUCCUGCUGGCUUCAGCUCUCAAUCUGAUGUACGUUUCCGACAUCGCCUCAAAGUGCCGCACCAUGAUAUCAAAGUCAAACGAGCAGAACUUCUUUUGUAGUAAAAUACAAAAUACAAGCAACAUUCAUUCAUGGAGCUGUGGUUGAACUUUGCACUCGAAAUAAGGAAGGUACUGAAAAUUUAUAAACUUUUCUGGUGAAGAAAAUGCACAUUCGAAGUUUGUCCAAAAAGUAUCGCAUAUUUUGAUUUUUCGCGGGCUACGUAUGUUCAAUUUUUGAUCUUUUGGUGACGUUAUGCUGGUACUCAUGCCAGUUUUUGCACAUAUAUUGUGCGUGGACGUGCUUUAGCUUGUCUUCGAUUUUCGUCUAUCCAAAAAAGAUUUCAUAAGUUGUAUCACAUUUUAAGUGGAUAACAACUUAAAGUGCGCGGAUGGAUUUAGAAUGAUGACUGUUGCAUAUGGCGAAGUGUCAAAUAUUCUCAACAUUUCACGAUAAAUUGUAUCAGUAUUUUAAAACUGUAUCGAAAUGUUUGAACAUGUGAUAAAUAUACUGUAAAAAUGCGUCUCAGAAAACGUGUGUUCACACGGUUUUUUAGAAGUAAAAAAAUAGAAUACGAUUUUGAAAAGAAUGCCCCGCUCAUUUUGUCGACUAAACGAGGAUCUCAAUAUCACAGUUGGCGAACAAAGCAAAAGAGUUUUCGUUUAUUGUAAAUAAGAAAAAUUUCUUUCAUCUGCUCUGGGCGUGAAGAGUUUUUUCGCUUUAUAGAAUUUACACCAUUAUACAUUCGCAUCCUCUCAUUCUGCUACUACUACGAAUGGCCGAUAUCAGCCAGUCAUCGCCGGUCAUCAAUAGACAUACGAAUAGACGUGCGAUAGGGGCUUUUGAGUAGGAGACAUAGCAUUUAUUGUUUCUAAUUAACUAGACUUUUAUGCAACCCACAAUACUUAUAAAAUGUCUAGUUUACAGUUAGCUUGAAAGUGAUCGAAAUUUAAUUUGAGUUAUAUUGUUUGUUGUUUUAUUUCUCGCUAUCUCUGUGAGAUCGUCUAAUGUUUCUCAACUGGGUUGAAUAUAGGAUGGAUUGUAUAGGGUCCGCAAAUUGAAGUACUAAAUUGCAACAAACUGAUAAAUCGUUCCUAACAAAAAAACAUAUUGAAAAUUCAUUCCAUUCCACUUGGAAACAAAUCAUUUUUAUUUUCAAAAUGCUCUAGUGAAAUUGAACUUGUUCGCUCUUGAGUUUACCACCAACUCGCCGCAGGUGAUCGAGUAACGCUUCAGACAGCGAAGCCACUCCGAGUUCGAAAUGAAAGCUGGAAUGUAUUCUGCAAUCCAGAAUUGAAUUUUAUUCGCUUUGUGACCCGGUGACAAGUCUUGUCGGAAUACUCAAUUCCUGGAACCAAAAUGACGACAUCGAUGAAACUCUGUAGAACUACACACUUUUCUUGUGUUUCGCUGAAUCUCACAAAAUGUUUACCGAGAUUUGUAACGCCGGUAAUCAUCUCGGCGAAAGAAAAUAUUGCUGUGUCUCGGUAAUCACAAAUUUGACAGUUUUUACCGAACUCGUCAGCAAAAAGUUUACUGGCUGUUUGGCAUAACCUUUACUGAAUGUUCGGUAAAACAACGAAGUGAAAUUUAUGAAUUACUGAGCUUUUUAGCAAUUAAAAGUAAACAUAGAAUUUCCUUUUUUUGUAAAUUAUAAACAUUCAAUUAGAGAUCAAGAGUUCAUUAUGUUUUACUUAUGUUUCGAGUACGUACAAUUAUUAAUAUGCAAUUCGGACUAACCGCCGAUUACCGAAUAUGUUGGUUGGCAUGUUGUUGAAGUUCUUCGACUUAUCCCAUAAAGAUUUCUUGAUAAUGGAAGCCGGAUCUGGAAGGUGCCUUCUAUAAAUAGUGUACAAUAAUUUGUAGUUAUUAUACUUAUACUACUUACUUUUGGACUAAUUCCAUUUCUUCUAAUGGUUACCGAAAAAUUUUUCGUUUUCAGAAAACGAUUGCGUAGUGCCAAGCGAAAAUGUAAAACAUAAAUGACAGUUGUCUUGUCCAAUUUGUAAAAGCUACUAUAUGUUCCGAAAUUUCGGCAAACGCGUGUGCUGAUUUCGAGAUUAUUGUCAAUUACAGAAGAGUUCAGCACAAGAUUUUGCCAAGUAUCGGCAAGAACAUGCACUUUGUCGAAUCGUCAGUAAAUCUACAAAACGAGUUUCGAAAAACAUAAUAUUGAUAACUGAGCAAUCUGCAAAAUUGUGUGUUGCCGAUGUGACUCGGUAUAUUACUUUACCGAGCUUGAGGAUGAGUUUUAUGUGUAUAAAAUCCGGUGAGUAUUUUGACUGGUUAUCACCCCCAAACAAACAUCACCGAUACUGGGUUCAGUCACCUGGCAGCCGUAAGCACAUUAUCAUAGGAUCGUGAUUCUUCUGGCAACCAAACUCUGUCAUUUUGCUUUUCUGGCAACCAAAGUCUGUCAUUUUGCUGGCAACCAGCUCUGUCGUUUUACUUCAGCCCGGUGGCAACAAUAAGGCGCUCCAGCUAGUGCUAUCGUAACCAACAUCUCAGUCCUUCGAAGCCAUCAAAGCUAGCAAGUCAGUGAGAGCAAAGUAAACAAAAUGAAGUAAAAUACAACACUUCAUUGAUUGUGAAAGUCAGUAUUACAAUUUGGCAGCGCACGUUUCAUAACGAUAUCACAUUUAUAAUCAAACAUAAAAAAAUCAACUUUCACAGCUAAAUAUCACAGAUAUUUAGCAACAACGAACUUAUAUACUUCUUCGUUGUUUUCGUCUUUGCGGAAAAGAUGAUGGUCACGAAAACAUGGCGGCCUAGCAGAGACUUGUUUUACUUACUCAAGACCUACUGUGCGAUGUUUCUCGACAGGAAACACAAUGUUUUCAAAUUUUUCAUACGCGGCCUUCUUCAGCAGCGUCUUUACUCAUUUUGGCCGGAUCGUGUAGGGCUUGGUCUGAAGUUUAUCUUUCAGGAUGAACUGGAUGGAGACUUCGCCAAUGUAAUGGCACUACAUCGAGAAUUCUUCCUCUUGAUUUAAGAGUUUCUCGUGACCAAACCGUUUUAGAUUCACAGAUGAAAAUUAUGAAUUUUACAAGUAAUAUAAUUCUACAAGCAAUAUUAUUCAUAAAACCUAACAUGUCAAAUGACGCAAUAUUCCAUUCGAGCAGAAUUUUACAGACUCCGAGUAUAAAUUGCCUUCGGUUGGCGUGCUUUGUAAUCUAAUGUUUCAUGGCUCGUGCCGCACUGUUGCUAUCGAUCUUUCGUUUCUUAUUUCAUUCAAUUUCAAGCCUUGUAAUUUUCAAAUCACACAAUUUUACAUGUUCUUGAUUAUAAAUUUGUGUGAAAUACAACGCUACAUCUGAUGCGUUAAAUUUUCUGGUAAUUCGCCGGAGUUUAUAGUUUCAAGGAAAUCGAAAAAAACGAACAGCGGUAAACGUUAUAUCCAAAUGAUUUUUGGAAAAUUUAACAGCCCACUCAAUUUAUUGUGGUUUUCAGUGGGGCAUAGAAUGCGACAGAAUCGCCGCAGAAUAGCGAAAUAAUAAGCGUCAUAAUUACAGGUUCCAGGUUGCAGAUUUGCAUGUAAAUUUGUCGAUUUUUUUUGUAAGCAGACUCUGUAAUUUAGCAGUUUUUACAGGUUUUUGAAACUUUUAUAUACAACCUUCCAAUUUACAGACUUCUGAAAUUGCGUUGGGCUUCUUGUUUGUUUUUCAUCGUCAUACUUAUGAAUUUUAACACUUGAAUUGGAGGAUUUCUAGUAUGCAGAGGUGAAAAUUUUAUCUGGCAUCUCUACCAGGAGCUGGGCUAUUUUUUAACCCCUUCGCUGUCUGUUGUACUGAAGUUUACAACAUUUUUAUAUCAAGCAUAAGAGCGAAUAGAGAAAUAAAUCGUCUGAUGGAUUAAAAGCAAUUACAGAUUUAUAAAGUAAUAUUCUCUAGCGACAACAAUUAUUCGUUUGUUCACUAAAAGCAUCAACAAGCAUGUAUCUCUCAAAGACGACUGAAGUUUUAGAGUAGACGAUUUGCAUAUUAAUAAUUGUUUAUUUUUAUAGUUAUUAUUGAUAAUGCUUCACACGAUGUUUUGAAGACAAUUGUAUAAUUAUUCUGGUUAUAAAAAACAUGGUCAUUUAACGGUCAAUUAAAAAAAUAUUUAUAUAUUUAUGUAGUUAUUAUUGAUAAUUGCUUCACACGAUGUUUUGAAGACAAUUGUAUAAUUAUUCUGGUUAUAAAAAACAUGGUCAUUUAACGGUCAAUUAAAAAAAUAUUUUUCUGAUUUGUGAUCUCGAAGAGAUGCGAAUGACAGUUACGCUAUUUUUGCGGCAUUUUGUCGCUAUCUUGUCGCAUCGCAAUCUUCGUUAGCCGCCAGUGAAAAUUACAAUAUUAUACUUUUACUCUUUUAGAAAAUCAACCCGAAUACGAAUUAAAGUUUUUAAAUUCGGAAUCAAAGUAAUAUGAAGUUCAUCAAAUUACCCAGGUUGCUAAAUAACAAAAAGAUCUGUUGUGUCUGGGGCUCCAGUUUGACGGAUUUUCUCGCAUACAUCUGACUGACAAUGCCACAAUGUAACAAAAUGACGAGGGGUCAUCGAAACAGCUUGUGCAACGUAAUAAUUACGGUUGACGUAAUGUAGCACUUCAAUGGUCGGAUCAAAGAUAAACUCUCAUGUAUCAUUUGUCAGUUUCAGUCUUUUGAAGCAAAACAACGAGCGUCUGAUGCGUCGUAACUAUGACAAUGUCUAUGUUUGAAAAAAAUAUCAAGUUACAGUAUGAACGAUAUUGAACAAUUUGGCUGAAUAUCCUGUAAUUUCUAAAAAAAAACUUAGUAUUUAUUUAGCAUGAAGCAUUAAAGUCAAUUGAAUUUCCAUGGCGUUUAUUCGGAGCUAGUCGAGUAAUAAAAUUAAAGGUAAUUACAGCAAUCAUGGUGGGUAGAUCUAUUCGAUCACAGAGAAGAUGUAUUUCUAAGGUGAUAGACACCGGCUGAGUAGUGAUGCAGUUUGCACGCUAAACUUGAACAGAAGAUCGGCAGAGAAGUCUUCUUUCUUGUCUACAGGGUUUUAGGUUUUGUCUACUUGUAAAUUCGGAGCCAAUGAGAUCAAAACGAUUACUGCAUCCAUGCUGUAUUUAACACUCAUUUAUUUUCCUGUCGACCAUUUUGUAUGUUCCAUUUUAUUCAAACUGCUCCAAACGUACCUAAAAUAGCGUAUUUCUAAAAUGUAGCAAUCCACCUAAAACCAAACAUUUGUAAUCAAGCAUAACGAACCUAAUGGCGUAGGAUAAACCUGAUUGUAAGUGUACGUAGAAAAUCUAAAAUUAAAUUAAGAUAUACUAGGUAUAUAGUGCUAAAACAACAAACACAACUUCAACUGGUUCCAGAAGCCUUUUGGGUGGCCAAAGCGAAUCAAGUAAGCGAUAAAAAAACACAUUCAUGGGCCAAACACAGGUCACUCGAAUCCCCGGCAGCCCGAAAUGACCUCUUAAAGGUACUGCUUUCCCAUCAGCUCAUAAACUUAGAAUCAAUUGUUACAAGUUACAUUCAUUAACCACGAGAAAAAUAUAUAGUAGCUCUCGGAAGAUAGGUCUGCGUAGUGUGAGGUUCUGCAAAUCUAAGUUGGUUUCAUUGAUUGGCAGCAGCAUUAAGAAUUUUUACGAGCCAAGAAACGCAAUAACAAGGUUAGUUUUCACACAUGGUCCGGUGGAAUCUGAUUCUACCGCUUCGCUUGUAUAGUAGAAUAGGAUGUUAUUUACUUCAACUUGGUAUUUACCGAGUUGGAAACUAUAUGAACUCAAGCCUUAUUAAUUUUAAACGAGUCGAAAGAUUAUCUGUUCAUAUAUUUGUUUUCUCAAUAAAGUAUUACUCUCAUUGCAAACAAAUUUAUUCACAGUUGGUAUAGCGUUGACUCGAUAUGGCGUUCCAUUGCUUAUGUUUGCUGUUAACUGUAGUGUACAUGUGUUAUUUUUCCGUCUAGGUCUCUAAGUAAUACCCCAUUUGAGCGAGUGAAGUAUAAAAAGAACCAAAUUUUUAUUUACGCAAUUUGAUUGAAAAACUCUGACGGCAACGCCAAAUUGUAACGUUUCGUUCUAAAACACUGAAGAUAAAAGUUAACUCAAAACUGUUGGAUUACUAAAAGCAAUGCUAUUUCGUUUCAUCAGAUUCCAUUGGUUUUAUUACUCAAUUAAGCAUUUGCUGACAUGAACUGUCCACUCGCUUGCGAAGUAUGCAGGUGCAAGUUUCGUACAAGCAAAAGCCAAAAAGAACUUGCCGUAACUCGCGAGUUCUGCUGCUUCUGGCCAGUGCUAGACAGUCACACAUUGGAACACAACACUCGCCAUAUUUGUACAUAUGUGUAAAGCAUGAAACCAUUGAAAACAAACAACUAAAACGAGUACAUUGAACAGUAAUUAGAAAAAUUAGGCAUCAUUCAAAUUCACGACUACCGGAUAGGGCGUUCAAUUCCUGGACUUGAUAGCCAAUACAGCAGUUUUCAUUUGGGAUAACCGUCAAACACACCUUUGAUAUUCUAUAAGAAUGAGAAACAAUCAGAGAAACUUUUAAAUACAUUCGAACCGAAUCAUUUUGCAGAGAUGAGUACAGGAACUGAAACAUAGACACAAGACAGCAAACAAAAAUAAAAUUGUUCAAACUUUUAUAGUCGUGAAGCGGAUGAAACUUUUAGCGUGAACAUUAUUGAGAAACAGCAAUCCGCAAUCUGCAUUUUGCAUUGGUACCAACGUUUUACAACAUAAUACACGAGCACGAAUCGAUUGAAAACGAUUGAUGCGAGUACUAGCUACAUGAUAAUCCAAUAAACAUUUGCAAAGAAAACAAAAAAACUGUAGGUUAUAUAGAUUGGUACUUUGUGAACAGUCAAGUUUGUAAAUAAAUAAAACAUUCGAAAAACAUUGGAACAUAUUGAA